CUAACGACAGGAUCUCUAGCUGUAUGUAAGAUGCUCCGGUAGCACUCAGUUGCCAUAGUGACCCUUUCAGGUUUCCCUGGAGAUGACCAGGUCUGCUGCUCCCGCCCCUGACUCCGCCCACCAGGCCCAGUUAGAGAAGCUGGAGCUACUGGAGCAGGAAUACCAGAGACUGACCCGCACACAGAACCACGCAGAGAGGAAGAUUCGUGAGUUGGAGCUGAAACUGCUGCAAGAAGAACACCAGAGGAAACUGGUCCAACACCAGGCCAACCAGUUACAGACAGGUCUGGAGGCCAAUCGUAUCCUGAUCCAGUCUGUGUCGCCCUCACCCCGCCUUCCCAAAGACAGAAGUACAAUCAGAGAGAAGAAACGCCUCUCCAAGAAACCUGUUCUGCAGCAGACCUCACACACACAGCCACACUACAGACUGAGCCUAGGAGACGUCCCAUUUGUAGCAGGGAAGUCUGUAGGGUGCAGUCACUCGGUCAGGGCCAACGUCCAGUCUGUUCUCUCCCUGCUGAAGCAGCAUCAGCCCCAGCUAUGUAACGCACGCGUCCUCUCCCACACCCCUCUGGCCCAGCCAGCCAAUGGCAGCGGCUCCUCCUCUUCCUGUGGGGAGGAGCUAUCAGACCUCCUGCUGGCCCUGCAAGAUGAACUGGGACACAUGAGUCUUGAGCAGCAGGAGUUGGUGCGGCAGGCUGAGACCUGUGUGUGUGAGCGGGAGAGGAGGGGGGUGGAGAGAGAACAGGAGACUCUACUCAGGAGAAUGGAGAGAAAAGCAGAGCAGAUCAGCAAGCUACGCAGACACCAAGCACAGGUGAAGAGGUUUAGGAGAGAUGCUCGUCAGAAGCAAAGUGGAGAGGUGAAGGUGACCACCACAGUGACCACGCGCGGUCGCUCUGCCGGGGCGGUCAAGGUUCGACCGGGGGACCGUAGCAGGAAAAGUCUAACACUGCUCAGGGACAUGAAGUCCCUGCAGACCUCGCUAUACCCCAACCAACCACAAUGGAGCUACUGACCACAACAGGACCAACCACAAUGGAGAUACUGACCACAACAGGACCAACUGACCACAACAGGACCAACCACAAUGGAGCUACUGACCACAACAGGACCAACCGCAAUGGAGAUACUGACCACAACAGGACCAACCUCACUGACGUGACUGAGACACUGUUACUCACCAGACUGCAACAGGACCAUGAUGCUGAAGAUCAGACUUUAUCAACCUGAACUUCUCUGAUGGACAUCCCGUGGGUGUCGUUGUGUAGGGAAGAGGAAUGAGGCCUACCAAGGACAUUUGGAAGAGGAGGAUGCUGAUGAAUGACCUCCAGGGACAGUGGGGUGUAGGGAAGAGGAAUGAGGCCUACCAAGGACAUUUGGAAGAGGAGGAUGCUGAUGAAGGACCUCCAGGGACAUUGGGGUGUAGGGAAGAGGAAUGAGGUCUACCAAGGACAUUUGGAAGAGGAGGAUGCUGAUGAAUGACCUCCAGGGACAUUGGGGUGUAGGGAAGAGGAAUGAGGUCUACCAAGGACAUUUGGAAGAGGAGGAUGCUGAUGAAUGACCUCCAGGGACAGUGGGGUGUAGGGAAGAGGAAUGAGGCCUACCAAGGACAUUUGGAAGAGGAGGAUGCUGAUGAAGGACCUCCAGGGACAUUGGGGUGUAGGGAAGAGGAAUGAGGUCUACCAAGGACAUUUGGAAGAGGAGGAUGCUGAUGAAUGACCUCCAGGGACAUUGGGGUGUAGGGAAGGCGGGUAAUGAUGUUGUAUUUCAGAUGUCUUUGGUAGAGCAGCAUAGCAGUGACAUCACACAGAACACUCCUCCUGAUGUUACAGUAAAUCUGCUUCAUCUAUUGGCUCUCCCAGGGGGUUUAACAGGGUGUGUUGUAUACAUCUGAUACUGUGUGUUCCACUGUUGCUGCAAACCUCAGCUCACUGCAAUAGACUGAAUUUUGUGUGUAGUUUUGUGUAUUAAAUAGUGUAACCACUCUGCUCUGCAAUGAUUCCCUAAGAUUAAGACACAUUUGAGUGUGUGAGUAGGGAACGAACAGGGGGAGGGGGGGGGUGUUGUUGUGGGUUGGGAAACCUUACGAUUUCCCUAAAGAUGGUGUGUGUGUGUGUGUGUUGAGGAUUGCUGUUGUUUACUUGGACCAACAUUUUACAUUUGUUAGAUUUCUACAGUUACGGCUUGUGUAACUUGUCUAUCAAAUGGUCUGAAAUAAACAAUUUAUUUUCUAGUGUU